UUUCUUCUAGUGUUUUAAUGACUGUUGUUUUAAAAGAAAAAAAAUCAGCAUUGAAACUAUCUGGAAGGUAAAGCUCCUGAAACCUAACCCAAAAGGCAUGCUCUCAUCGAAAACUCUUCUUAGUACUUGCAGUGCGGUGAUAGCUGAGGACAUGUGGUAUAUAUUACAGUGCCAGGGAAUUCAGACCUCUGCAGUGUGGAGUCACCAUGAAAGGCUAAUCUAAAAAUGAAGUGGUAGCUUUGCUCGCAUCAUAACUCUGUUACUUACUGGUGCUUCCUAUUAGCUUGACAUUAGUCUAGUCUUCUUUGGGUGAGAUAGAAGAAAUGGAAAUUCAAAGGGGACCACAGCAGGGGAUAUAUGGGCUGCCAACCCCUCCCCUAGCACUCCCUCCAGCCUGUACUCAGCAUUUCUCUCUGGGCAUGACAAAGUCUUACAGAGUCAUUGCAAAAAGGGCUAAAGGCAGAGCUGUCCAUGGUUAGGAAAAAAACGUUCAAACUGUUGGUCGAAAAUCAGGUAAUAACAGUCCUCUUAGUGAACAAAACUUAUUAGAGGGCUAGGGAAGGAAUGCUAUCUCUCAGCAGCAGGCAGGAAGAAAUUGCUGUUGAAAAGCUUACCUCUCUAGGGAGGAAUCAGAUAGCAGACUUCGCCAAGCCUCAGGUCCAACCCAUAAGGUCCCACCUACACCCCCCCAACCCCCUCCCCAUCCCAGCUUUGUUAGAUUGCUAGCAUCGAUCGCUGGCUUUUUCUGACCCAACAGUGGGUGAAGGAAAGAGACUGAAAGCCGGCAAGGUGGGGGUAGAAGAAGACUGGGACAGCUUUUGUAGAGAAAGAAAGAAAAAGGAGGAAAACGGGUGGGGGCCAUGGGGACUAGGCUUAACUGAUGCCUGCAUGCCUCUUUUUGAUUUGAUGGCCUUUAUUCCUUCUAAUUGGAUAAAAUAGGAAGUCACUGGCAGUCCUGUGUGGCUGGGGAUACUGAUUUUACUCAGACCAGCCUGCAGCUCUAGAGUGUGGAUAGAGAGUGGGGAGUGGGGGUUGGGAGAGGGUGAGGAAAGAGAGAGAGGAGAGAGAGAGGACGGGCUUGGAUGAAGAAGGGAAAGAAAGAGAGAGACUGAAGCAGAGAAGAGCCGCAGAGGAAGAAAGUGAAUGAGCACUCAAGAAGGACAAAGAGGAGUAGUCGGGGGUGGGGUGGAGGCAGGGCGGGGAAGGGAGUGACCGCCCCUCCUGGCUGCACUCUUGCCUCCGGAGCCCUCUGAUCCUGUUUGCAGUGAUGCUCCGAGGGCAGGCACCUGCUGCUCUGUAAUGAUUCAGCCCCUUUCAGCCGUAGUCGCGUUAACACAACAGGAUGCUGUUGCUAUUGUCACUACUGCCUCUCCUGCCGCCGCCGCUGCUGCCGCCGCCGCCACCGCCGCUGGUCCUCCUUCUGCUUUUACUUCUCCUGCAUGACAGUUGUUUUCUUCAUCUGAGCAGACACCAGCUUCAGAUGCUCGAGGUGAGAAACAUGCCUUUCACUUUGGGCUACUGGUUUACUUAAUUAACCAGCCAGCAGCUCCGUCGAUCUAUUUUGGUCCCUGUCCUCUUGACGAGCCCGGGAUGGUUUGGAGUAACGUUUAAAAGAACUAGAAAAGUGGCCCAGAAACAGCAGUUUAAAGAAUUAUAACGAUAUACUCUGAUUUUGUAGUUGCUAGGAGCUUUUCUUCCCCCCUUGCAUCUUCUUGAACUCUUCUUGAUUUUGAUAAUGGCCUUGGACUUGGACAAUUUAUCGAUUUCCCCCUUUAAGAUGCUGUAUCAUUUGGUUGGGGGGGCCUCUGCGUGGUAAUGGACCGUGAGAGCGGCCAGGCCUUCUUCUGGAGGUGAGCCGAUGGAGAUUUAUUCCCCAGACAUGUCUGAGGUCGCCGCCGAGAGGUCCUCUAGCCCCUCCACUCAGCUGAGUGCAGACCCAUCUCUUGAUGGGCUUCCGGCAGCAGAAGACAUGCCAGAGCCCCAGACUGAAGAUGGGAGAACCCCUGGACUUGUGGGCCUGGCCGUGCCCUGCUGUGUGUGCCUAGAAGCUGAGCGCCUGAGAGGUUGCCUCAACUCAGAGAAAAUCUGCAUUGUCCCCAUCCUGGCUUGCCUGGUCAGCCUCUGCCUCUGCAUUGCCGGCCUCAAGUGGGUAUUCGUGGACAAGAUCUUUGAGUAUGACUCUCCUACUCACCUUGACCCUGGGGGAUUAGGCCAGGACCCUAUUAUUUCUCUGGACCCAACUGCUGCCUCAGCUGUGUGGGUGUCGUCUGAGGCAUAUACUUCACCUGUCUCUAGGGCUCAAUCUGAAAGCAAGGUUCAAGUUACAGUGCAAGGUGACAAGGCUGUUGUCUCCUUUGAACCAUCAGCGGCACCGACACCGAAGAAUCGUAUUUUUGCCUUUUCUUUCUUGCCGUCCACUGCACCAUCCUUCCCUUCACCCACCCGGAACCCUGAGGUGAGAACGCCCAAGUCAGCAACUCAGCCACAAACAACAGAAACUAAUCUCCAAACUGCUCCUAAACUUUCUACAUCUACAUCCACCACUGGGACAAGCCAUCUUGUAAAAUGCGCAGAGAAGGAGAAAACUUUCUGUGUGAAUGGAGGCGAGUGCUUCAUGGUGAAAGACCUUUCAAACCCCUCGAGAUACUUGUGCAAGUGCCCAAAUGAGUUUACUGGUGAUCGCUGCCAAAACUACGUAAUGGCCAGCUUCUACAAGCAUCUUGGGAUUGAAUUUAUGGAGGCGGAGGAGCUGUACCAGAAGAGAGUGCUGACUAUAACUGGCAUCUGCAUCGCCCUCCUUGUGGUUGGCAUCAUGUGUGUGGUGGCCUACUGCAAAACCAAGAAACAGCGGAAAAAGCUUCAUGACCGUCUUCGGCAGAGCCUUCGGUCUGAACGAAACAAUAUGAUGAACAUUGCCAAUGGGCCUCACCAUCCUAACCCACCCCCCGAGAAUGUCCAGCUGGUGAAUCAAUAUGUAUCUAAAAACGUCAUCUCCAGUGAGCAUAUUGUUGAGAGAGAAGCAGAGACAUCCUUUUCCACCAGUCACUAUACUUCCACAGCCCAUCAUUCCACUACUGUCACCCAGACUCCUAGCCACAGCUGGAGCAACGGACAUACUGAAAGCAUCCUUUCCGAAAGCCACUCUGUAAUCAUGAUGUCAUCUGUAGAAAACAGUAGGCACAGCAGCCCAACUGGGGGCCCAAGAGGACGUCUUAAUGGCACAGGAGGCCCUCGUGAAUGUAACAGCUUCCUCAGGCAUGCCAGAGAAACCCCUGAUUCCUACCGAGACUCUCCUCAUAGUGAAAGACAUAACCUUAUAGCUGAGCUAAGGAGAAACAAGGCACACAGAUCCAAAUGCAUGCAGAUCCAGCUAUCAGCAACUCAUCUUAGAUCUUCUUCCAUUCCCCAUUUGGGCUUCAUUCUCUAAGACCCCUUGGCCUUUAGGAAGGUAUGUGUCAGCCAUGACCACCCCGGCUCGUAUGUCACCUGUAGAUUUCCACACGCCAAGCUCCCCCAAAUCACCCCCUUCGGAAAUGUCUCCACCCGUGUCCAGCAUGACGGUGUCCAUGCCUUCCAUGGCGGUCAGCCCCUUUGUGGAAGAAGAGAGACCUCUACUUCUCGUGACACCACCAAGGCUGCGGGAGAAGAAGUUUGACCAUCACCCUCAGCAGUUCAGCUCCUUCCAUCACAACCCCGCGCAUGACAGUAACAGCCUCCCCCCUAGCCCCUUGAGGAUAGUAGAGGAUGAGGAGUAUGAAACGACCCAGGAGUACGAGCCAGCCCAAGAGCCUGUUAAGAAACUCGCCAAUAGCCGGCGGGCCAAAAGAACCAAGCCCAAUGGCCACAUUGCUAACAGAUUGGAAGUGGACGGCAACACAAGCUCCCAGAGCAGUAACUCAGAGAGCGAAACAGAAGAUGAAAGAGUAGGUGAAGAUACACCUUUCCUGGGCAUACAGAACCCCCUGGUAGCCAGUCUUGAGGCAACACCUGCCUUCCGCCUGGCUGACAGCAGGACUAACCCAGCAGGCCGCUUCUCGACACAGGAAGAAAUCCAGGCCAGGCUGUCUAGUGUAAUUGCUAACCAAGACCCUAUUGCUGUAUAAAACCUAAAUAAACACAUAGAUUCACCUGUAAAACUUUAUUUUAUAUAAUAAAGUAUUCCACCUUAAAUUAAACAAUUUAUUUUAUUUUAGCAGUUCUGCAAAUAGAAAACAGGAAAAAAAACUUUUAUAAAUUAAAUAUAUGUAUGUAAAAAAUGUGUUAUGUGCCAUAUGUAGCAAUUUUUUACAGUAUUUCAAAACGAGAAAGAUAUCAAUGGUGCCUUUAUGUUAUGUUAUGUCGAGAGCAAGUUUUGUACAGUUACAGUGAUUGCUUUUCCACAGUAUUUCAGCAAAACCUCUCAUAGAUUCAGUUUUUGCUGGCUUCUUGUGCAUUGCAUUAUGAUGUUGACUGGAUGUAUGAUUUGCAAGACUUGCAACUGUCCCUCUGUUUGCUUGUAGUAGCACCCGAUCAGUAUGUCUUGGGCACAUCCAUCCAGAUACGCCUCACUUGUGUAUGAAGUUUUCUUUGCUUUCAGAAUAUGAAAUGAGUUGUGUCUACUCUGCCAGCCAAAGGUUUGCCUCAUUGGGCUCUGAGAUAAUAGUAGAUCCAACAGCAUGCUACUAUUAAAUACAGCAAGAAACCGCAUUAAGUAAUGUUAAAUAUUAGGAAGAAAGUAAUACUGUGAUUAAAAAAAAACUAUAUUAUUAAUCAGAAGACAGCUUGCUCUUACUAAAAGGAGCUCUCAUUUACUUUAUUUGAAUUUUUUUUUCUCUUGAUAAAAAGCAACAGUUUUAGGGAUAGCUUAGAAAAUGGGUUCUGGCUUGCUAUCAGGGUUAAUCUAACACCUUAUGAGAGGACUCAAUGUCACUUUCUCUCUGGGGGAAUGAUCCAGCAGCUUAUCUAGUUGACGAUCAAACCAUGGCUGAUAAAGGUGCAAUCAUUUCUGACUUGUAGUUUUCACUGAUUUUGAAGCUAGUGAUUGGUUGUGUCUUCUCGGCUCAAAAAGAGGCAUAUUACGGCACAAAAAGCCCAGCCCAGACAGCACAUGCAGCAUUUUGUCUGAAAUACUUCCGGAGUCAAACAUGCCUGCUGUAAUAGCGGUGACUUGUCAUCAUAGGAAAGUAUUUCCAUUGUAAAGUGUUCAGAAGGAGUGACUGUAUAGGUGGAAAGAAGCUUGGUGACUCAGUUGAAAUUUUAAAAUGUGGGUGACCACUCCUUUCUCCCCCUCUUUGUCUUGUAUUUUUCCAUGUUGCCUUGAUCAGGUCAUAACUGUGCCUGAACAUUUUUAUCAGGAAUGGCCGAUGUGUAUGUGAUUUGGGAUCACAAGUAAUGAUUCAUCAGGAAAUGUCGAUCCUGUUGGAAAGAUUGCACCUUUACUUGCGGAAGUGACCCCCACCUGUGUCCUGACCUCUCCAUUGACAGGCUCUCUCACCCAUUUCCCACAUCUCCUUUAAUUUUUGCUUUACUGUCAUAAAGUAGGACUAAGAUUGGCCUAAGCAUUGCAUGUUCUCUUGUGAUGGUAAAUCCAAAGGAAGGCCUAUAAAUAUUAACACUUGAAAUAACUGCUAAUAAAGGAAAAUGGAAGAAAAAAAAUUAUUUGAAACACAGAACCCAUUUCAUGGCCUGUAUGAUACCUGUUAAAUCCGGGCUGGAGCUUUACUUAGGUUUCACGUGGCCUCUUAGGAGCCAUGGGACAAAUGAGAAACAGGUUAUCGGGGGGUUCAUGGAGUCAGUGAGAGUAAUUGCUUCUUUUUUGCGGGUGAACUGAAUAUAUUUCUUCACCAAAUCUUGAUGUUAACAAUUAAGAAGAAGAAAUGACAUGGAAGUAGAUCUCAGCAGAAAAAUGCAGGCUGGGCAUGAGUCAUGUUACGCUCCCACAUGCUCCUACAAUCCACACAGAUGCCUGUCUGCAGAUUCUUGAAGUUACUGUUACUAUUUAGUAUCUCAAAUUUUCCGUCACUGUUCACAUGCCACUUUCUCUGUGCUCAGUGGUAUCCUCAUUUGCUUUUUAACCUACACUAAGGAGCCUUUGCAAGUUGCACUGAUUUUCCAAUUCUGCAGAAAUGAGUAAGCUCACGGCAUGGGGAAGAAGACAGCCAGUCCAAUGAAGUUCUCUAAAUUAUUUUAACAUUGCCUUUGAAGGCCUUGACUCAUCCUUAGCUAUUUCAAUAAAGAAAUUCCUACCAUGAAUUUAAAACCCUAAAAAUUCUGUUUAAAAUAAUUUGGGCAUUGGGGAACUCAGAUGUCCCAUUGUGGUAGAAUUUUAAAAAUAAAUAGAAGUUUCUAUUGAGAACCAUGGGCAACAUGUUUCUUACAAUGAGAAUUGCUAUGCAUUUUCAAAUUGCAAAUAUAUAUGAAAAUUGAAGACAAGAGGAAAUUGUAUUUCCAACUUGACUCUAAUCACUCACAGAGGUGGCUUAUUAUUAUAGUUGGGACGUCCUUUGCACCCUUGAUAAGAAAAGCCAAUUGACUGCUCAGCACCACCUGCCAUGGCCACUUGAUUUGUGUUCACAAGGGUAUCUCUGUGAUGCUUGUCGCGUCACUCUUGACCACCUCUGUUAAUAAAUUCAGGCAGUGAAGUGGCGAUCGGAGUGUGACCCUAUAUUCCCAGCAUAUGGAAAGCUAUUUUGGGUUUUAAGGUGGUAGAGAUUGCCCAGGAGUUUGACAGCAACUUUGUUUCCUGGGUCGAAAAUCGUAUCCCACUGAGGUGUAUGCAGUGGAGCAUAAUACAUGCGAAUAUAUGCAAAACUCCUUUUGUUUUACCUAAGAUUCACUUUCUGUCUUACUUUCCCUUCCUGCUUAGUAUGACUUUUGCCCCCAAGAGUGCCUGGACAGCAUUCUAGUUUCUACAAAAUGGUCCUCUGUGUGGGUGAACGUGUCCCAAACCUGCUAUCUCUUCCUUGUUUCAGUGUGACUGUCUUGAUAGAGGUGGAGUUUAUCCAGGGUAACUUGCUCAGUAACUAUUCCUUUUUAUGGCCUGGGGUUAAAGGGCGCAUGGCUCACAUUGGUGAAAAUAAGGAAGGCCUGGUCUUAUCUUGUAUUAAUAGUACUGGCUGCGUUCCACCAGCCAAAGAUUUCUAUCUGCAAAGACCUAUGAAACACUGAAGAGAAAUGUAGGCAGAAGGAAAUGGCCACAUAUCACAAGUUCUAUUAUAUAUUCUUUUGUAAAUACAUAUUGUAUAUUACUUGGAUGUUUUCUUAUAUCAUUUACUGUUUUUAUGAGUUAAUGUCAGUUUUUACUCUCUCAACUUACUGUGUAACAUUGUAAAUAACAUAAUGUCCUUUAUUAUUUAUAUUUAAGCAUCUAACAUAUAGAGUUGUUUCCAUAUAAGUUUAAGAUAAAUGUCAAAAAUAUAUGUUCUUUUGUUUUUCUUUGCUUUAAAAUUAUGUAUCUUUUCCUUUUUUUUUUAAGAAUAAUUUAUUGUUCAGGAGAAAGAAUGUAUAUGUAACUGAAACUAUCUGAAGAAUGCACAUUGAAGGCCGUGAGGUACUGAUAAACUAAAGAAUUUAUUAUUCAAAAUACUAAGCAAUAAGUAAUUGUGAUUUAUUUAAAGUUUUGUCCAUUUUCCAUGAAAGACAUACUGCAAUAAAAAAUGCUACUCUGUGGAGACCUGGGAGUGUUGCUCAGCAGACUACAGCUUCAGUCUGUUAGACCAGCAACUUUCAUCUCAUUCCCAUAGUUGUGCUAAUUCAGGAUUGUGUUCCAUGGACCCCAUGAUCACCUUGUCUAUCCGUUGCUUCUUGUCUGUCCAUUGCUUUUGCCACACCACCUAUUCUUAAAUCAUCUCCUCCCCACCAAUGCUGUUUAUCACUUUCUUCCUCGUUGAAGAGGCCACACAACCAGACAGUACUAUGCUUCCUUUUUCCUCCAUACACAAUAACAGAGAGAGAAUAUUCUAGAGCAUGACUGCCUGGAUCCCGGCUGUUGCUAUGUUUUGUAGUGAUAGUAAGAAACUCCUUCAGAGUAAAGAAAAUGACAACGUGCCAUUCAAUCACGAAAGGCAACGAAAAAUGCUUUCGUGGUUCAAAUAGUUCAAUGGCCCAUAGUGGCCUAAAAGGCAACCGGUUAAGACCUGGCCACACUAAGCUUCCCUAUAGCAUCAGUUAAUUGACUUUCCAUUGGGCCCACAAUUUAUGGAUUCUCAAUUUCAAAAGAGGAGAAGGCCAAGUUGGGUUCAUUCCCCUUAUUCUGUCAAUAAAACAAAUCAAACUCAUGUCUAUCUAACUGCUCAGGGAGGAGCCUUUGCAUGAGAAAAUUCUCAUAUUCUAAGACUGAGUCAUAGAAAUGAGGGUAUUACUUUUCUUAUUGCAAUUAACCUAAACAAAAGCCAUAUUUUAACAAAUAGAUAUUUGCAUGGUACUUUUCACAUAUUUCAAACAUUUCACUCAUUAUUCCAGGUAGGUUAAGAGCUUCUGAAGUAUAUGGAAUAGAGGUCAGCAUCCUUUGGGGUAAACAGUGGCCUCCUUUGGAGUUUGCGGGUAACCUGAGACUUCCCACCAACAUCCACCUCCAUCUAUGUACCCAAUUCCUAUUACCUAGUUACGGCUCCUCGAGGAUCAUUUCCAAACACUCUGUAUGUCCAGGAAAUUUAAAUUGUAACUUUUGACUGAGCUAGUUUUUCCUAUUUAUAUUAAUAAAUUUUCAAAAAUG